GUCCUUUCCCAAUUAUCCAUUCAUACUUAAUUCUAAGUAUUUUUUUAGCUGUCUAUAUUUAUAUUUAUUUUCUCUAAAUAGACACACAUGAAUAUUUAUAAAUAAAACAUCCUGUAUUGCAUACUUAAACCAUAAGAGCAGGAAAAAUUCUCCAGUCAGUAGAAAAAUAUCAACACAUUUUGGUUGCAAAAUCAUGAAACAAGUCAGACGGACAUGCACACAAUAAAAUAGUUGGUGACCAAAACCUUGACUGCAUGCAGGCACGUCAACCAUUACAACUUUUAUUUUGUACUCAUUCCACUCAAAUUUGUGUAUCAUGAUCUGCUUUUAGAUUUUCCAAAAUUUAGAUGAAUUUCCAAAAUUAAAAUUUCUUUACUCCGAAACAUAUUUAAGUAACAACUCAUCAUGUCCACUAAAGAUGGUGAAAGUCCAUCCUCCUCCACAUCCGCCACCCCCAUCGCUGAGUGGGGGACUUGGGCUCAAACUCUGGCCGAUGCUCAGCCCUUCGACCUUAUCGAGAUCAACAGAUACUACGGACUUUAUCAGCACUGGGUGAUGUAUCUGGGAAAGGGAUAUGUCAUCCAUGUCACACAAGUAAAGGACCGAACUGAAGGACCCGACGCAGAAAAGCGGAUCGACAAAUUAUCCACCCUCGUUCGCCAGGACUACUGUCGGAUUAACAAUCUUGUCGACUACGCCAAGGAAAAAGGGUCAGAUGCACGACGAUCGGACGACCUUAUUUUCGACGCCAUAAAAGACAUUGUCCCUGACAGAAGGUUGCACAAAAUUAAUUACGCCGAUAUUAAUAAAGUUGUCAUCGUGCCGUAUGCCGUUACUGGAAAAAACUGUGAAUUCUACGGAACCCUAUGGCGUUACGGGGUAGGGUUUAGCAAGCAGGUGGAUUACGGUUUGAGCAAAAAUAUUCCACCAGAGAAAAUGAUGGAGAGUGUGGAAUUGCUGGCAGAGUUGGAACCAAAUCAAGAAGAAAGCGAAUACUGAUUACCGAGUUUGUCGAGACUUUGCAAU